AUACUAUUUGAUACAUAAUUGGAGAGAAAAACAAUAUAUUAAAAAAUACACAAAAUGGUGUCGAUGGCGAUAUGCCUGUUAGAAACUGUGGCAACAAUAGAAACAAUGUUUCAGGUGACUCAACAAUAUGCUUUAUUAUUGGAUAAAACUGUGAUAAAUACAACCCCUGUAAAUGACAAAAAUGGGACAGACAAAAAGAAUACAAGCGGCGGGAUGCACCGAGCACCCAUUCAUCACUAUGCAAGACAUGGACUGUGUCGUACUUUCAAUGGGAAGAAAAAACUAUACAAAGCUUUAAAGUCUAAAUUUUGUCGCACAAAAAUAUCAUUUACGGCAAGUUUUGUGAUUGAAUUAUGUAGACGCCGAGAUGGUAUGCUUGACGAAUUAGUCAGAGAAUUAUUCGACGUGGAUGGAGAUGGCUACGUCACGCAUUACGAAAAACAAUUGUAUGACGCUGUUAAAUGACUGGGUCAAAAAUGAAAGUAACGCGAAAAUGAGUGAUAAGACUGCUUGAUAAGUAAAUUAAUUAUCAAGUGUACCAGAACGUUUAAUUCAUCGGUUCAGUUUGUUAUUUUUCCACACAAAAUAUUUACUGUACUAUUUCGGAUGGAUCUGUUUACAUUUAGUUUAAAAGUGAGUAAAACGAAAUAUUGACAUCAAUCAAAAAGUAUGCUGGUGUGAUAAGCGAAAACAGAUACUUAAUACCGUAGUAUAUUGUACAUGUUUGCUAUAUUUUUCGUUAAUCUUUAAAAUUAAAUAUCUUUUUUGUAAACAUUGAGAUAUUAAUUUGUUAAUCAACUUCAAAAGAUUAAUAUU